AUGAGUGAAUUGAGUCCGUCUCCGUCGCGGAAUGGUGAAACUUCAAAUCAUAUAAAGUACAAUGUGCUGUUUUCGUCUACUUCCAAACUAGCGGUUCCAUCCAUUGCCAAUCCUACACUACCUACAGGCGAACCAACAACAGCAAUUAAUUUGGAAAACGCUGGACCAUCUGAAAGUUCAUUUAUAUUAGAAGAGGAUGAUCAUCACCUCCAAGUGGUUUCAACAUCAAGACAUUCAGUAGCCAGCGAUAGCAGUUACCCCGGCUCUGGAGGACAGGAUAGUGAAUACGAAGAAGAAGAUGGAAACAAUGUCAAUUCUUCACAUAUUGAAGAAGAAGCCCUUCAGAACAUGCUCAGCGACUUGAUACGUAGUAACCGCCUGUACGUGAAUGUCAGGGACAACUCUUUGCCCUUACGCGAACUCUCGUUUCUUGAUUUGAAUAUAUUUCCUAACACUCAUGAAGCAAAGAAUGAACUUGAGUUCUAUGAGAAACACAUCCAAAUCCAGAAAGAUAAUGACGAGCCAGCAUUUCACCAAAAAUUAAAACAUUUCUUCAUACUUUCAACUGCAGGGAAGCCCAUCUUCUCUAUGCACGGUUCUGACGAUCUAAUUAUGGGUUACAUGGGAAUCAUCACAACGAUAGUAUGCACAUUUGAAGAGAGUAUGAAGGAAGACUUCAAAUCGAUAAUGGUGGGAGACAAGACAAAAAUCGUAGUACUUAAUAAGAGUCCACUCCUUCUCGUGGCAAUAUCCCAAAUAAGUUAUGAACUCAUGUCUUCAAACACUGAUUCCACAUCUAGUAAUAAAGAAGACAAGGAAAGUGACAGCGACGACAUUUUGUUGAUAAACCAACUUAAUACUCUUUACAAAUAUUUACUUGCAAUACUCUCGAAGCCAACUAUCGAAAAGAACUUUCACAACAGGAUGAAUUAUGAUUUGCGAAAGGUUCUCACGCCGCUAGAUUUUCAAAACUUAGAGGCUCUAUGUAUGAAGUUGACAUAUGGCUUACCGUUACUUAAUCAAGGAGAAAGCAUUUCAGAUACGGAAAGCUUUGAUUUUUUCAUUGGAGAACUUAUGGACUCAUCAAUCCAAAGCGUAAAAGUGACAAACACCACAAGGAUGAAACUCAACAAUAUACUACUUUCAUGUAAAAGACUCAAAUUAAGAGACGAUGACUCUGCUUUGAAUAGAUCAAGUGAAACAGCUUCAUUGAUAUUUAAUAGGACAACCAAAGAGGCUGAAAAGUAUUUAGGAGACGACUUACUUUUUUCAUUUUUGCUUGCUUCUUCAAAUAAGAUUCUCAACUAUAUGAAACCAAAGAAUCAUUCGCUUUCGAAUGAAGACAUGAAAUUGUUGUUUUCUAUGAUAUCCGCAGCCGAGUAUCAGAAUCGAGGGGGAAGUUUUGAUGAAGAUCUAUGGAUUCCACUUUGCUUGCCAAACUUCAAUCCCAAUGGAUUUUUGUAUGUCUUUGUAAAGAAGAUCUCUCUCUCGAGUUAUCUACAAUCGAGUACUGUUGACCAGUACUUAACCAUUGUACUUGUGAGUAGCAACAAGAACACAUUCUUCCAGAUGAGAGAAUUAUCGAGAUUCAUAAUCAAUAAGAUUGUUAAAAGAGAACAAUUCUUAACUACUUUGACGGACGAAUUGACAGGAUCGACUAAACUAUCCAUACUUAAUGACAUCAAAGUACCUGCAAUCAAACACUUUAUCUACAAACUAAAGGAAACAAACCAGUUCAUCAUGAACGACAUGGUGCACUUUAAUAAUGAUAGAAGCAUGAAUACCUUGCUUCAACUAGUGUACUUUUAUUCUAUCUUGCACAAUAGUAGGGCUACUCGAAUUAAGAGUAAAUUGAAAUCCACCUACAAUCAGCAGCAAGGAUCCAAUUUUGUUAAUCCUAUAAAUACCUACAAGAUAGAUAAUAAGAAGUUAACUUAUGUCAAGUGGCAAGGAGCAGGCUCCAUUGUUACAGGGUUUAUGCUUUCAGAUAACAGCUUCGAAUUUUACUGUUUGAGCAACGAAGAAAUCGACUCCAAAGAGCUCAUAUCCAGCAGCCUCAAAAUAAUCAGAUGGUGUGAAAAGUACAGAAAGCGGUUGUUCUUAGGAGGUGGCGUCGUCUUCUGA